CAACUGACGUUCGCCCGACGCACAAUUAGAGCGAGUCUCUGUGGAUUUCUAGGCGCGCAGCCUACUCAUCAUCUCCCCCCCGCCACCCCGUUCGAGAUGGCGCCCAGCAUCCCCGACCUGGAUCUAAUGAUCCAGUCCUUCUACGAAGGUCGCGGUGAACAGCAAAAAGCUGCUGAAACCGCGUUAAACCAAUUUAAAGAAGAUCCCGAUGCAUGGUUACUCGUCGAUAAGAUCCUCUCCGAGUCCCAACACCCGCAGACAAAGUAUCUUGGUCUCCAGAUACUGGACAACGUUAUUAUGACAAGAUGGAAGGUCUUGCCCCGAGACCAGUGUCUGGGUAUUCGCAACUUCGUUGUGAACUUUAUCAUCCAGGCAUCUAGCACAGAGGAGUCGCUUCGAGGCCAACGAACUCUCUUAAACAAACUCAACCUCGUUCUAGUCUCCAUUCUGAAGCAAGAAUGGCCUCACAACUGGCCUACGUUCAUUAACGAAAUCAUCUCGGCCUGCCGAUCCAACCUAUCCAUCUGCGAGAACAACAUGAUCAUUCUCCGCCUUCUUUCUGAAGAAGUUUUCGACUACUCGGCCGAGCAGAUGACCUCAGCCAAAACGAGAAACCUCAAGACUACUAUGUGCAAUGAGUUCUCGCAGAUUUUCCAGCUGUGCCAGGAGAUCCUUUCCUCGGCGAACCAAACAAGUCUAGUAAAAGCUACUCUAGAGACAUUACUACGAUUCUGCAACUGGAUCCCGCUAGGAUACAUCUUCGAGACCCCGCUUAUCGAAACGCUGCGUACACGAUUCCUCGAAGUUCCAGAAUUCCGCAAUGUUACUCUUCAGGUGUUGACUGAGAUUGGUGGCUUAGUGACGGGGAGUCCAGGACAACCAAAUGCAUAUAGUGAGCAGUUGGUAAAGAUGUUCGUUGACGUCCUCACGACUAUCGCUGGCAUCAUUCCCUUAGAGCUGGACUUGAAGAGCACAUACCCUCAAAGCAACUCUAAAGAUCAGGAAUUCCUCCAGAUAUUAGCACUUUUCCUCUGCAACUUCUUCGGUCAACAUGUCGAUCUCGUCGAGAACCUCCCGAACAGAGACUUCCUCACGCAUGGUCACUUUUACCUAAUCCGAAUUUCUCAAAUCGAGGACCGCGAGAUCUUCAAGAUUUGCCUAGACUACUGGCUCAAGUUGGUACAGGAGCUGUACGAGGAGAUGCAAACUGCUCCUUUGCAGGACAUGAACCCCCUUAUGAUGGGUGGUGGAUCGGCCAGCGGAGCAGUAAACCCAGGCCUGCUGGCCAACUUCCCGCUACGAAUGCACAAGUAUAAGGAAGUCUUAUCCAACCUUCGAGUAGUCAUGAUCGAAAAAAUGGUGCGACCCGAAGAGGUACUUAUUGUCGAGAACGACGAAGGUGAGAUUGUGCGCGAGUUUGUCAAGGAGAGCGACACAGUACAACUCUACAAGACCAUCCGCGAAUGUCUUGUCUACUUAACACAUCUUGACGUCGUUGAUACCGAGACUAUCAUGACUGAAAAGCUCCAAAAGCAGGUAGACGGUACUGAGUGGUCAUGGCAUAACUGCAACGUUCUAUGCUGGGCUAUCGGCUCGAUUUCACUCGCGAUGAAUGAGGAGACCGAAAAACGUUUCCUCGUUACCGUCAUUAAGGAUCUACUUGGACUCACGGAAAUGAAGCGUGGGAAAGACAACAAAGCCGUCGUAGCCAGCAAUAUCAUGUACAUCGUUGGACAGUACCCUCGCUUCUUAAAGGCUCACUGGAAAUUCCUUAAGACGGUUGUUAACAAGCUAUUUGAGUUCAUGCAUGAAUCUCACGAAGGCGUUCAGGAUAUGGCGUGUGAUACUUUCAUCAAGAUUGCAAGGCAGUGUCGACGACAUUUUGUCGCCCUACAACCUAGUGAGAACGAGCCUUUCAUUGAAGAGAUUAUCAGGAACCUCCAGCGCAUAACGUGCGACCUCACGCCGCAGCAGGUGCAUACCUUCUACGAGGCUUGUGGAUACAUGGUUGCCGCGCAGGGUAACAAACAUCAGCAAGAACGAUUACUUGCCGAACUCAUGAACGCUCCCAAUGCUGCUUGGGACGAAAUUAUCCGCGCAGCUACUCAGGAUCCCCAGAUAUUACAAGACUCCGACACGAUCAAGAUUAUCGGAAAUAUUAUGAAGACGAACGUAUCAGCUUGCUCCUCCAUUGGCCCCUACUUCGGCCCACAGAUUGGCAGAAUAUACCUGGAUAUGCUCCAGAUGUACCGUGCUACCAGCCAAUUGAUCUCGGAGGCCGUCGCUCGUGAUGGCGAACUUGCUCCACGCAUGCCUAAAGUCCGAGGAUUGAGGACUAUCAAGAAGGAAAUCCUGAAGUUGAUCGAGAGUUACGUCGAUAAGGCCGAAGACCUCCAAGCGAUCCGCCAGCAAAUGGUUCCCCAGCUCCUCGAUUCGGUGUUGGUGGACUACAACCGCAAUGUCCCGGGCGCCCGAGACGCGGAGGUCCUCAAGGCCAUGUCCACUAUUAUCACAAGACUUACUGGCCUCAUGGAAGAUCAAGUACCGAUCAUCAUGCAGAACGUUUUCGAAUGCACUCUUGAGAUGAUUAACAAAGACUUCUCGGAUUUCCCAGAGCAUCGAGUCGAAUUUUUUAACUUGCUCAGAGCCAUCAACCUACACUGUUUCCCUGCUCUCCUUAAGCUUGAUAAUCGCCAGUUCAAGUUCGUUAUCGACGCUUGCAUGUGGGCUAGCAAGCACGACAAUCGUGAUGUUGAAAGUGCUGGACUUAACAUGUGCCUGGAGCUUGUCACGAACAUCGCCGAGAAAACCGACGUGCAAACAUCCAACGCUUUCUUCCAGCAGUUCUUCAUCGGCAUCUUACAAGAUGUGUUCUUCGUUCUGACCGAUCCCGACCACAAGGCCGGGUUCAAGACGCAAUCCUUACUGUUGAUGCGAAUGUUCUACUUUGCUCUCCCCGCCGAUGGAUCCACGCCAAAGAUCCAAGGACCUGUCUACACGGACCAAGCACCAGCCGGUACGAGCAAUAAGGAUUUCCUCGCCGAGUUCGUUGGUGGUCUUCUACGUAAUGCUUUCCCCAACCUUCAAAUUGCGCAGAUCGGUGCAUUUAUUGAAUGCCUUUUCACUUUGAACACCACGUAUGAGAAGUUCCGACUCCAAGUACGAGACUUCUUGAUCUCCCUCAAGGAGUUCGCUGGAGAUAAUGCGGACCUAUACGUGGUGGAGAAGGAGCAAGAAGCUCGCGACAAGCUCACUGCCGACCACGAGAGACGAGCGAAGGUUGGAGGCUUAUUAAAGCCGUCGGAAAUCGAGGUAGAGGAUGACGAACUGUGACUGCGUCAAGAGUUCAGGAAUGAAUUCGCUCCCCGGCACAACUCGAGCACAAACGAUCCAUCCAAGCAGGCUUCGGUUGAUCCUCUUGAUGGAUGGGACAUUUAUGGGCUUUGAAAGCUCCUCCGCGGUACUCGAACGGGACUGAUGAGACCUUGACCUUUUACCUUUUUGUCGAAUCUCUUCGAGUGCCUAUUCUCUAUUUUCCUGUACGUGAUACCAAGAUAGAACUGCAUGGCUAGGCGAUUUCAACCGUUUCUGGACGAUUACAUCGCUUAUAUGGCCCAUAAAGCUACUCAGCUCAGUUGCAUUUUUUUCUUGUCCCGAAGUCUGAACCCGGUAAAGACAUAAUAGGCGGAUAUAAGAGAACGAAGUCUUGUGCCAUCAUGACAAGCGCAGCAGAGGUGGACCAAAAAAAGGGGACAAUAAUGGGAAAGAGGAGAGAAAUGAUGAAAUGCAUAUAUCCGGUUUUAUUGGAAUGACCAAAUUCUCGAGGGCGGAAGGAAGGGGAAGAGGUGCAGUUCGCUAGGAAAAGGACGGAAGGGAGGGUAGGCAGUCUUGUGCCGAUACGAAGGCCAGAAAAAAAGAAAAAGAAAAGAAAAGUUAGGGAGAUAAACCAUCGUUCAGUUUUUUAUAUGC